UAUCUGGAUAGAAUCGUUCUUGAAUCAUUUUGUAAUGGAUAUGAGAAGGUCUGAUUAACCCUCCUUUUUCAAUAGCCAUGAACGUUUGAUUAUCUACGUAUGUACUUGUCCAUCUUCUGCAUCAUCUUCAUCCUGCAUGGAAUUCUCUCAAACCUUGUCGGGAAAAAGCAGAUGGCAAAGAAACGCAGUAUAGACAUCGAGCUACCAUCGGCAGCAGAAGCAGCAUGCAAAAGAGUUCCCAUCCCAUGUAAACCCCCAACGCCUCGCUCGUGGUAUGUAAAGGCAAAAAAGGGAAAGUAAAGGCAGAAAAGAACAAAAAGGGGUAUCUGUAAAAGCAAGCAGGGAAAAGAGCAGC